AUGAGUUCAGAUAAUUCAUUAGUGGAAUCAGAAUCCCUGUCAACAUCAACACCGCAGAAACUGCAGAAACGACAAAGCUUUGGAUCAUCAGGGUGUGAUUUACGACCACUUCGAUUAACUAAACAACGUAAUAGAAACUCCACCAUUUCAACAUCGUCUAAUAGUCCUAGUGGUACUCCUACAACUCCAUCGUUUGAUUCACCGAGUAGAAAGGGAAGUUUACCCAAUGAAGAGUUUCAUUGUCGACCAAUUAGAUUGGGGAGAAAUACAAGCACCACUGAAGAAAGACACAAUUCGGUAUCUUCUACUAAAAAUAAACAAUCAGAAAUCAAGAAAUCAAUUGACGAAGAACUACUGACUACUGAUUCACAUUCAUCAUCAUCACACCUGUCGAAACGACAACUGUUUGAUUCACAACGAAGAAAAUCAGAUUCUUCCAAUUCAUUAAAACGAAGAUCUAUUCAAAUUAAAAACCUUCCCAUCACUUCAACUACAACAAGAAACUCUUCCAAACGUGGCAGUGAAUCUCAAUAUGAUGAUAUGAUAUUUGCCAUUUGUUUAGUAGAUUUCCAUCAUCAAAGAGGCCCAGAAAUUCAAUGGUGGAAAUCAAAUUAUCAUCCUGAUUACAAACCGGGUUUGUUUAGAAAUAUUCCAUUUCAAGCUCUUCCUGAUGGGUCACAUUUAUUUGAAGAAACAUUUUCAAAUUUCAAUUUAGUUUAUGAUUUUGAUCAAAAACAAUCCAUUGAUGAUUUUAAUGAUGUCAAUAACUUUAAAGGAGAUCCUAGACAUUUGAAAACAUUAUUUGGAUGUUCAUGUGUAAGACAAGUUAAAACUAGUGAUUUGACAGAAGAAGAAAGAGAACGCAAUAAAGAUAUCACCAGAUCUAUUGUUCAAAAAGCCAUUGUUGUUAUUACUCGGAAACAACCUAUAUUCACCAAAAUCAAAGAUAAAUUAUCUAUAAUAGCUAAAAGUUAUUUUCAACAAGAAACUUUUGAUAAUUUUGAAAUUUUAGAAAAUUUAUUUGAAAAUUUAAAUGGUCAAUUUAAACUUGUUGAUAAUGAAAUGCAUACAGAAUUGGAACAAGAAGAAGAAAAUUAUGUGAAUCUAAAUUUGAAAUCCACGGUAGCGAAAUUUAGACUGAGGUUUUUAAUUAUAUUCAAGAGUUUAUUAUUGGAAAAGAAAGUUCUUAUAUAUUCAAAUAAUAAUCUUGAAGCACUUACCCAAUUUCAAAACAAUAUGUUAUCAUUAAUGCCAAAUUUAAUAAACAAUCUUGAUGAUUCUGGGUGUCCACUUAUAGAUUAUGCUGAAACUAAUGGACCUUUAUCAAAACCCCAAUCACUAAAUACCACUAAUAGAGUAUCUAUGUUGCGAUUUUUUGGAUUGCCAUUACAAAUAUUCAAUACAAAAAAUUCAUUCUGGAAUCCAUAUUUACCUUUACAACAAUUGGAUGAAUUGGCCGUACAAAGCUUUAUGAUUGGAUGUUCAAACCUUUUAUUUGUCAAUCAAGCCACUGCUUAUGGGAUAGAUGUACUAAUUAAUUUGGAUACUAAUGAAGUUACUUAUCCAAAAGAUUUAUACCCAACUGAAGAUUUACAAUUGAGUUCACUAGAUAAAAAAUUUAUUCAUCAUUUAGUGAAUUGUGAUCAAACCACUACCAAACAUGAUGAUUUUAUUGGUAGUGACGAUUAUAUACGAUAUAAGUUUGAAGAUUAUUUAAAUUCAUUAAUAUCUACCAUGAGAUAUAAUCAAUAUUCAGAAAGAUUUGGACAACCACCACCAGGGUUUAAUGAAGCUAGUCAUAUAACAGAAUUCAAUAUCAAAUUUAUUGAAUCAUGGAAAAAAACUCAAAAUUUCAAAAUAUGGAAUAUGAUGGCAGAUGAAUUUAUUUUCAAUUUUAUAGAACCUAAACAUACUGCCCUUGAUUUGAAAGAUGAACCUUAUUCCAUCAAUAAGAAUAUUUCUAAUUUCUUCAAUAGUUUCAAGGCAAAGACUACAGCAACUAUUACAAAUACAAAUACAUCCCUCAAUAAUGAUCAAACGAUUAAAGCUCACAAGUUUAUUGAGGAUGACAAAGAUAAAAAUGAAGAGGAAGAAGAAGAAGGCAAUGAUGAGAAUCAAGAUACUAUUGAUGAACUUGUCGCUGGGUUUGAAAAAGUUGCACCUGUAACAGAAGAUAAGUCCACAGGGCACACAGCGUCAUUGUCAUCGCCUAAAACCCCAAAAUCAAUUACACCAACAACAUCUAAAUCAACUACUCCUACGACUACAGCUAGUACUGAAACUAUUGGUAAACGAUUGUCUACUUGGACAACAGGAUGGGGAUUUGGAAAGAAAUAG